GCGGCGAUGGAGGAGGCGGCGGCGGCGGCAGCGGCUGCUGCAGAGAGCCGGAUCAGCCGGGGAGAAGCGGCAGCAGGAGGCGGAGGAGGACCGGCGGGAACAGACGCGCCGCGCCUCCCGAUCCGGAAUAUCUGCAGCGGCCGAGCUACUGUGAUGCAGGCUUCGCCUUGGAGCAGAUAGCGAAGGGAAAGGCUACUGGAAGAAAAUCACCACUGUGGCUGAGAGCGAAGUUUCAGAGACUGUUAUUUAAACUGGGCUGUUACAUUCAGAAAAACUGUGGGAAAUUUUUGGUGGUCGGCCUUCUGAUAUUCGGGGCUUUUGCUGUGGGAUUAAGAGCAGCCAAUCUCGAAACCAAUGUGGAGGAGCUCUGGGUAGAAGUUGGUGGACGAGUGAGUCGGGAGUUAAGUUACACGCGCCAGAAGAUUGGAGAAGAGGCCAUGUUUAAUCCCCAACUCAUGAUUCAGACACCACAAGAGGACUGCGCCAAUGUGCUAACAGCAGAAGCACUCCAACAGCACCUUGAUUCUGCACUUCAAGCCAGCAGAGUACACGUGUAUAUGUACAACAGACAAUGGAAAUUGGAACACUUAUGCCAUAAAUCAGGGGAACCGAUCACAGAAGGUUACAUGGACAAGAUCAUAGAACACCUUUACCCUUGUUUAAUUAUCACACCUUUGGACUGCUUCUGGGAGGGUGCAAAGUUACAGUCGGGGACUGCAUAUCUACCAGGGAAGCCCCAUUUGCAGUGGACCAACUUUGACCCCUUAGAAUUCUUGGAGGAGUUAAAGAAAAUAAACUCGCAAGUAGAUACCUGGGAAGAAAUGCUGAGUAAGGCAGACGUUGGACAUGGGUAUAUGGAUCGACCUUGCCUGAAUCCUGAUGAUCCUGACUGUCCUAUCACAGCGCCCAACAAAAAUUCAACCAAACCUCUAGACGUGGCCCUUGUUUUAAGUGGUGGAUGCUAUGGGUUAUCCAAAAAAUAUAUGCAUUGGCAGGAAGAGCUGAUCAUUGGUGGCACAAUUAAAAAUGGUACUGGGAAACUUGUCAGUGCCCAGGCUUUACAAACCAUGUUUCAGUUAAUGACUCCUAAGCAGAUGUACGAGCACUUCAAGGGGUAUGAGUAUGUUUCGCACAUCAACUGGAACGAAGACAAAGCAGCUGCAAUUCUGGAAGCCUGGCAGAGGAUGUAUGUUGAGAUCGUCCAUCAGAGUGUGGCACAAAACUCUACACAGAAGGUGCUUUCCUUUACUACAACUACCCUGGAAGACAUCCUAAAAUCGUUUUCUGAUGUCAGCGUUAUCAGAGUUGCCAGCGGCUACCUAUUAAUGCUUGCCUAUGCCUGUUUAACCAUGCUGCGGUGGGACUGUGCUAAAUCCCAGGGUGCCGUGGGGCUGGCAGGAGUCUUGCUGGUUGCACUCUCAGUAGCUGCAGGAUUGGGGCUGUGCUCAUUGAUUGGGAUUUCCUUUAAUGCUGCCACAACUCAGGUUUUACCCUUUCUUGCUUUAGGAGUUGGUGUAGACGAUGUCUUCCUUUUGGCACAUGCAUUUAGUGAAACUGGGCAGAACAAGAGAAUUCCAUUUGAGGACAGAACAGGAGAAUGUCUGAAACGCACUGGGGCAAGUGUGGCCCUUACUUCCAUCAGUAAUGUUACUGCAUUCUUCAUGGCUGCCUUAAUCCCGAUCCCUGCUCUGCGGGCAUUUUCACUCCAAGCUGCUGUGGUUGUGGUCUUCAACUUUGCCAUGGUUCUGUUAAUUUUCCCUGCUAUUUUGAGUAUGGAUCUGUACCGCCGUGAAGAUCGGAGAUUGGAUAUAUUCUGUUGUUUUACAAGCCCAUGCGUUAGCAGAGUGAUUCAGAUUGAACCUCAAGCAUAUGCAGAGGCUGGUGACAGCACGCGCCACAGCCCUCCACCGCCAUACAGCAGCCACAAUUUUGCACACGAAACCCAAAUCACAAUGCAGUCCACUGUCCAGCUUCGCACUGAAUACGACCCUCAUACCCAGGUUUACUAUACCACCGCAGAACCUCGCUCAGAAAUAUCUGUACAACCAGUCACAGUGACACAAGAUAACCUCAGCUGCCAGAGCCCAGAAAGCACCAGGUCAUCCAGGGAUCUCCUUUCCCAGUUCUCGGAAUCUACACUGCAUUGUCUUGAGCCACCCUGUACGAAAUGGACACUCUCCUCUUUUGCUGAAAAGCAGUAUGCUCCGUUCCUACUAAAACCAAAAGCAAAGCUUGUGGUUAUUUUUCUUUUUCUGGCCUUACUUGGCCUCAGUCUUUAUGGAACUACUCGUGUGAGAGAUGGACUUGAUCUUACAGACAUUGUGCCACGGGAGACACGGGAGUAUGACUUCAUUGCAGCCCAGUUCAAGUACUUCUCAUUCUACCACAUGUAUGUAGUUACGCAGAAAGCAGAUUAUCCCAACAUCCAGCACUUACUUUAUGAGCUUCACAAAAGUUUCAGCAACGUGACGUAUGUUUUGUUGGAAGAGAACAAGCAGCUUCCCAAAAUGUGGUUGCACUACUUUAGAGACUGGCUGCAAGGGCUUCAGGAGGCUUUUGAUCGCGAUUGGGAAUCUGGGAAGAUCACAUACAACAAUUACAGAAAUGGAUCCGAAGAUGCUGUUCUGGCUUACAAGCUUUUGGUUCAAACAGGCAUCCAAGACAAACCCUUUGAUAUUAGCCAGUUGACUAAACAACGCCUGGUGGAUGCAGAUGGAAUCAUUAACCCCAAUGCUUUCUACAUCUACCUGACAGCCUGGGUUAGCAAUGACCCCGUGGCAUAUGCUGCUUCUCAAGCCAACAUCCGGCCCCACCGUCCAGAAUGGUUCCACGAUAAAACAGACUAUAUGCCAGAAACCAGGUUGAGAAUCCCAGAAGCUGAGCCUAUUGAAUAUGUCCAGUUUCCUUUCUACCUCAAUGGACUGCGCGACACUUCUGACUUUGUGGAAGCUAUUGAGAAAGUGAGAGCAAUCUGCAAUAACUACACCAGCCUCGGGGUUCCCAGCUACCCCAAUGGAUACCCGUUUCUCUUCUGGGAACAGUAUAUUGGUCUCCGUCAUUGGCUCCUUCUGUCCAUCAGCGUGGUUCUGGCGUGUACAUUCCUGGUGUGUGCCCUCUUCCUUCUGAACCCUUGGACAGCUGGGAUCAUUGUGGUGGUGCUGGCUCUGAUGACGGUGGAACUCUUUGGCAUGAUGGGUCUUAUUGGGAUAAAACUGAGUGCCGUGCCUGUAGUCAUCCUGAUUGCUUCUGUUGGAAUUGGAGUGGAGUUCACUGUUCACAUUGCCUUGGCCUUUCUGACUGCCAUAGGAGACAAGAACCGCAGGGCUGUCCUUGCCUUAGAACACAUGUUUGCACCUGUGUUGGAUGGAGCUGUGUCUACGCUGCUCGGUGUAUUAAUGCUUGCAGGAUCCGAGUUUGACUUUAUUGUCAGGUAUUUCUUUGCUGUUUUGGCAAUUUUAACAAUCUUGGGUGCUUUGAACGGACUGGUGCUACUCCCCGUUCUCCUUUCCCUUUUCGGACCAUAUCCUGAGGUUUCCCCAGUCGAUGGAAGGAGCAGGUUACCUACGCCAUCUUCUGAGCCUCCCCCAAGCAUUGUGAGGUUCACCAUACCACCUGGCCAUGCACAGAACGGGUCAGAUUCUUCUGAUUCUGAGUACAGUUCUCAGACCACGGUAUCUGGAAUCAGUGAGGAGCUCCAUCAGUAUGAGUCCACUCAAAGAUCUGGUGCCCCGGUCCGCCAAGUAAUUGUUGAAGCAACUGAAAAUCCAGUAUUUGCCAGGUCCACUGUGGUUCAGCCGGAUACAAGGUAUUAUCAGCCAAGCCCAAGAUCACAGGCUUACCAAGAGUCUGGACCCCAGCAAACCUGGCAUCAAAAUAAGCAGCCCAAAAGAGAACCAAGGGUAGGACUCCGGCCACCCCCUUACCGGCCGCGCAGGGAUGCUUUUGAAACGUCUACUGAUGGGCACUCCUGCCCUAGUAACAGGGACUGCUCUAGCCAGAGAGCUCGUUCUCAGAACAACAGAAACGCAGCCUUCACUGCCACGGGCACUUCGGUGCCUGCGUACGGCCAGCCUAUCACUACUGUGACUGCCUCAGCGUCAGUGACUGUCGCUGUGCACCCUCCUAUGCACGGCCACAAUACUCGCGGAGGAGGCUUUCCAUCCUACGAGGGAUACCACGAAAGCGACCAUGGACAAUUUGAGGACCCUCACGUGCCUUUUAAUGUCCGGUGUGAGAGGAGGAACUCUAAAGUAGAAGUAAUAGAAGUGCAAGAUGUUGAAUGUGAAGAGAGGACUCGUGGCAACAGCUCGGAUUAAGGGAAAUAACUGAAGCAAAGAAGAGGCCAAAGAUGGGAAACCUCCUCUUUCCAGAACUGCUUGAAGAGAAACUGCUUGAAGUUAUGGAGACGGACAAUGCUGCAUCAGGGCAACAGUUCACCAUUACUGUAACCUAUUGUAUUAUUUUGUGAAAUAUUUCUAUAAAUAUUUAAAAGAUGUACACAUAUGUAAUAUACAAGAGAAACCGUGUAAAGUAGUAUAAUCUGGAGUUUUUUUUUGACUCCUGUUUAACGGAGUGGGGACUGUUUUGUUUGUGCUCUGUUUGUACAUUGAUCUCUGUGCCACAACUAAGCUUAAUCUAGUCGUAAAUUUCAGCAUAUGUUUGCUGCUGCUUAAAAUAUUGUAUAAUUUACAUGUAUAAUUCUAUGCAAAUAUUGCUAAUGUAUUAGGGUUUGUUUGUGUGUUUGUUUGUUUUGUAAAGGUACAUAUGUGUGUGUGCGUGUGUUAAAGUAUUUUUUAAAAAUUCCAUAUCACAGCCCUGUGGUAGUGAUAUGUUUCUGUUAACUUUCAAACACGCUAUGCGUGAUAAUUUUUUUCUUUUUCUGUUUUUCCCCUUUUUUAAAAAAAAACAACCAAGCAGAUAUG